GUGUGUGUGUGUGUGUGUUUGGGACGGGAGGAGUCACAACUGGCGGGGAAACCGGAGACUGCGCGACCCGAACUCGAUCCAUGGAACGUCUGUCCCAGGGAAAUUGCGUGAAGAGCUUUAUUUUUCCUGUGGUCAUCUAUGGGCAGUAUGCCAUAUGUUGCAUGCUGCAUGCUGCUAUGCUGCUACCAAGCUUUAAGCUUGAUGGCGGCACAGGGCACGAGCCAAUAAAUUGCGUCUGUGGUGAGUUGGUCAGACGUCGAUUGUCCUUUCUUCUGAUCCUAGAUAGUCAAUUUGUACGGAGUACAACAUCUACAUCUUCCCGGGUUGCGGUUAUUGAUCCGUUGAUCGACAGACAUCACACGCUCGAGUCGGGGUCGAUUGGCGUGGAUGAUCCUGAAGCUAUAUAUAGAACUUGACGGCUGAAGGAGGAAUAGGGGUAACUAAGCACUCGGAAUCUUCUCCCCGAAGU